AUGUUCGAGCAGCUUCUACCCAGUGAUUACCAGCUGGUGUUCCGGCAUCUCCCCGAUAUCCAGCUCGUGACCAACACGCUCAUUUCGCUAGCCCCACUCUACACAUACGGCACGGCGUGCCUCAGCAUCCACCGCAAACGGUCGCUGACCGGGUUCUCGCUCGACAUCUGCGCCACCAUGCUCAUGGCCCUGGUGCUCCGCAUCCUCUACUAUUUCAUCGCGCCGUACGAGCCGUCGUUGCUCCGGCAGUCGCUCGUGAUGGUGUUCAUCCAGUGCGUCUUGCUCAAAGUGUCCUUGAACUAUCGCCACGCGUCCUACGACCCGCAGCUGCUCGAAGAAACGCCGGGCUUGGCGCUGAAAUUGGCCGGGGUGCCCAAGGUGCUGGCGUCGCUGUUCCAGUACACGGACCCCGAGUUCUACCGGCGCGUGGCGGAGUCCGUGGUGCAGUACUUGUGCAUCUGCUUUGCCCACGCCGUGUGUUUUUUCGACGUCCACUACAGACGCCCGUUGCUCUUCUGGCAGUGGGCCGAGCAUGCCCACUACUGGCGGUUUCUCCAGUACUUCACGCUCGUAUUUUCGGUGCUCACGCUCGUGCUCCGCAACAGCGAGUCUUUCGCUUCUGUCAUUGGCAUUUUGGGUCUUUUCAUCGAGGCGCUCCUCCCGCUCCCGCAGAUCCUCAUGCUCCAGCGCCUUCGCACGGUGGAGAACUUCAAGUCCAUUCUCUUGGUGUCGUGGUUGGGCGGCGACUGCAUGAAGCUCUCGUACUUGUUUUUCGGCACCGACAACGUGUCCGUGAUAUUCAUCGUCGCGGGCCUUUUCCAGAUGUCGCUCGAUCUCGUCAUCUUGGGCCAGUUCGUUUAUUUCUACCGGCUCGACCUAGCGAACAAGGCUGCGGCGGGGCUUCCCAUGUAUGACCUAGCGCCUUCUAGCUCGCAGCAUACCGGCUGA